ACAGGCAGCGCGGACAGGGUUGGGCUUGCGGAUAACAGCACAAGCCAGCGAGUGGGCAGUGUAGCAGUAUGGAAGAGGUCGCUCCUCUUUAAUAGGUGCAUUUGGAUCUGCUGUUUUCAUUCUACUAUGUGCGUGUUGUUGCUUGUGUGCUUUUUCUUUCGCGAAUGCGGGCAUCCCGUGUGAUCGUAAACUCUGUUUGGAGUCAGCGAGAAAAACCGCAACAAAUCCAGUUCUGCGAGUGUUAUUUGCAACAAAGGAACCUUAAUUUCUUUUUUAAAGUAUGGAGGAAACGUUUGUGUUUUAAGGUGGGGAAAAGAACACCGCGCGACAGUCGUCACCUGGGAGACUUGCUGCUGUGCAAAACUGGGACUUUUUAUCUCUCGCUUUCAAACGAGGAUUAAUAACUGAGUUGAAACGCGGGGAAGGUGGCGGAGUUUAAUAGAUGAGUUUGAACGAGCACUCGAUGCAGGCUUUGUCCUGGAGAAAGCUCUAUCUGAGCAGAGCCAAACUCAAAGCCUCCAGCAGAACGUCCGCUUUAUUGUCGGGUUUCGCCAUGGUAGCCAUGGUGGAAGUGCAACUUGAGACAAACCGUGACAUAUAUCCACAAGGUCUCCUGAUAGCCUUCAGUGCCUGCACUACUGUGCUAGUUGCAGUACACCUUUUUGCUCUCAUGAUAAGUACUUGUAUUCUCCCACAUAUAGAGGCUGUAAGCAAUGUUCACAAUCUAAAUUCUGUUCAUGAGUCGCCUCAUGAGCGUAUGCACAGGCAUAUUGAACUGGCAUGGGCUUUCUCUACAGUCAUUGGCACCUUGCUUUUUCUCGCAGAGGUUGUACUACUCUGUUGGGUUAAAUUUCUUCCAUUAAAUCAUCCUGUGGUUAAAAAUGAACAAAGUAAUGCAUCAACAACAUCUGGACAAGCUGCAGCUAUUACAUCCACAACUAUUAUGGUACCAUUUGGAAUAAUUUUUAUUAUAUUUGCAGUUCACUUCUAUCGAUCAUUGGUAAGCCACAAAACAGAGCGAGUUGAAAGAGAAUUGGAUGUUCUUGCACAACUGCAGGAUCAGCUGGACCGAGGAGAGACACACACUGCACCCUACUAGUUCUCAUUUUGGAUAAGACUGACUGUAAGCUGUGGGGAAAUAGCUUUUGUAUUGUAUGGUUUACAGCACUCUGUGCACGGAGUGACUUAACUGAAGUACAAGGAACAAGCUAACAAUCUAUUAAUACAAUUGGAUAUUUUGGGACAAUGACCAGUACAGACGUGUGUGUGUGUUUUUUUUUGUUGCUCGAGUUUUAAAUUCAAAUUGGUGCCAUAAAAUGGCAAAGUGCAUGUAUUUACUUUGGAUUUGUACAGGAUUUAUUUGGAUUGUUUUAAGUUUUCACCAUUAAAGAGAUUGCUGUACACAGGAUUGGGUGUCUUAAAAGGAUAAGUGACCUAACCCACAAUUUUAUUCCUCCAAUACUUCCUUGAAAUUAAAUUUAAAGAUUGUGCACUGCUGCUGAUUAAACAGUAACUAAGAUAGGACUUUUCAUUCUACUCGAUUAGUAAAAUUGUGGUCAAGUUGUCUCACCCAACUAGGUAUGCCUCUUGAAUGAAUGUUGUUUGCUUCUUAUCAUGUUAUCAUCCAGACUAUUAAAUGUGCUUCUAGUUUCUGCACUUUUUUUCAUCCACUCAAAUGACACCGAAGGAGGUCUUCCAAACCAUUGUGCUGUUGAUUACUUAAAACAGUUAUCCGUCCUGUCUUUCUCCAUAAACUGAAAAUCUUUCCUUUGCAAGAAUAUAUGUAAUCCAUUUUGAAAAUUAACAAUGAAUCUGUUUCCACCAUGAUUUCAGUUAGUGCCGAUUAAUUUCCUGCAUUUAUAUGUUUAAAUUAUUUUCCUCCAUUCUGAGUUUUUUUUGUCAAUUACCAUGACCUUUCUGUAAUAAUUAGCCUGUCUACUUAUACCAAACUUUAUUAUUUUGAACACCUUUAUUAAUCUCUCUGUUAACUGACUCCAGUUAUAUGGAGACGAGGACUGUUUUUCUUACAAUGAAGUCCCUCAUCCUGACUACUGAAAAAUUUCUUCAGAGUUUUGGGACAUCAGCAUUGUUCAGAGGAUGAUAAGAAUAAAGCAUUUUGUUUCCAGAUUGUGGACUGAAAAAAAAGGCAACAAAUCCCUGGAGUGACUGGAUUGUUUUGUAUCAAAACUGCCCUCAGUAAUAAAUUUUAACAUUGCUUUCCAUUUGUUUGUAUUUAAAACCAUGCUGGGUACAGUCACUUAGCUGCCAACUAUAACUUUCUCAUUGAGGAAACUACUAUUAGUCUCUAGAUAUAUGAAGCCCAUUUUGAGGAACUAUUUGAAAUAUAAUUGGGCUCCCAAGAACAGCUCUUACAAUUGUUUUGGAAUAUUGUGGUCCAUCAUCUUUUGACUAUUUAGUAAGUUUUUUUAAAAUGUUAAUUCUGAAUUUUAAACGUCAAUACUUAAAAGCUUGAGUCACUCAUCACCUCAAGCAAAUGGUCACUUUUUGUGUUCAUUUUUAGUGCACAUGUUUAUAUCUAAAAUCUUAAAGUAUUUACAAGCUUUGAGUUAUACUUUACAUUGUCAAGUGGAGAAAAUAAUUGAUGCAGUGUGUGCCACUGGCAGCAAGCCAAAGAAUAGUAUGAUUUUUCAAAAAACCUCAUUAUAUUCAAUGCGCUAGCCAUGUAUAUUCUCUCCACGAUGCUUUCUUUACCAGGCCUGAAUUUUACAGCUCACCAUGCCUCACUUCCAAACUCUCUCAGCGUGAGAAAAGUGUUCUUCAGGAAUUGUGCAGUUUGAACUUCAGGUGGCGUUGCUUUUGUUCAGGCGAUCUAAAGGAACCUUUUUUUUUCUAAACUUUAAAUUUUGUAAUGGUAAAAUACUCUCUAUAAAACUACCCAGUAAAAAUGCUGUCAUGCUUCCUGUUUUCAACACUUAAGUCAGACUGGGUGACAGUUUCUCAGACAUACCACUGCUGUCAUUAUGCUUCAGAAACUACAUUAUACUCUAAAAUAUAGGUCAAUUCAAUACUAUAUUUUAAUGUCUAACAAAGCUACCAAAGAGGAAGGAAAGGGAAAGAGGAAAAACUAUUUUGCAGAUCAAUGUCAAGGUGAACUUUAAAGCAUUGUACUGUGAAUGUAGAGAUUCCAGUUGUUGGGUCAUAUUAAUUCCCUCGCCUGUUAACUGUGCCUGCUGCAUUGUUCCAAAGAAACUCAACAUAAGCUCUAGCCUCAACAAUUUCAAAAUCACAACACCUGACCUGUUUUUUUUUUCAGUGGGUCAUGAUUACUCUUUGCUCUGCCCAUUUACACUUCUCAAGACUUUUUUUUUGUUUAUUACUCUCUAAUAUCCUUUUGGUUUGUAUCAGCACUGUUAGAGAUCCUUUUGUUUGCUUCCACCAUCAUACCCCCUCCCACACUCCAUUUCUGUGCUUGUGUACUUGCUUAAAACCUGGGUUUUUUUCCUUCUUUUUAAAAAAUGGUCAAUUUGAAACCAUACCUCUAUUUAUCAUCUUUCAAAGAUUCUGCUUGACCAGCUGAGUUUCAACCAUUUGGCUUUUAAUUUGUCUGCAUUUUCCUGUCACAACUUGACUUUUUUUUUUCUCUCUCUUCCCCCCACACCCCCCCCCCACCUCCAUAGCAGAAACAGUAUUUUGAGAUGAAGUUCAACUUCAUUCCCCCUCCAUUUAUUACAUGUUUGACGUCCACAAAAAAAAUCUUCAUAACAUUAACCAGUAAUAUCAUGGGUACAGUGUAUUAAAGAAUUCAACGCUCCAUUACAAAGCAACCAAAAUAUUAAACAUCAAUUAUCUAACAGUACCUGAAAUUUGGACAUAUCCAACCAUACUACUGAAUAUUUGAAAAAAAGUAUUAUAGUAUUGUUUGAAUGUUCCAAAUUUGGGUUGCUUUAUGAAAGCAAAAUAACCUUUUAUUAUAAAGAAGUUUGAGUUGUUUAAACAUGAUAUUGAACAUGACUAAGUUGUCUUUCAUCUGUACCUUAUUCUUCUAUUAGUUUACUGUCUUUAAAUCUAUAAGAGCAAAAACAUACUUCCUUCAAAAACUAGUUUAUAAAACACAUACAGAAAAGUAACUGGAACAGAGUUUUCACAGUUGGUUUUAGAUUUCAAAGCAUUGUUCACUUAAAACAGAUGCCAUGUACUUCCUGCCUACAUGACUUUGCUUCCUGUAAAGCUUUUCUUAAUUAAAAUUGACAUUGUAGAUAUUUAAAAUUCAUAAAUACUUGGUUUAGCACCUGAUUCAGAUCAGUUAUGUUUGGCACUGAAGUUCUACAAGUUUCAAAAUGUAUAAGUUUUCAUGAAAUAGCACACUCUGGAUUUGUGGCCUGGGUAAACAGAAAUGCUGCCAACAAUGUAUCCACCAAGGAAGUUGAGCCAAACGGAGUUCUCUGACUUCUAAUGGGCAUUGUCAUAACAACCAUUAAUGUAGUGUCAUUUAUUCCCAAAGCGUUUUGUAUCUCGUCCUUUUUCACGUUUGCUACUUAUGCGUGUUACGGAAAUCUUACAAGAUCUGCGACACAAAAUGGGCCAUUCAACUCAAGUGUUUGUUUGUAUUUAUGUACCACAUGAGCCUUCACCCAUCCUUCCUGUCACCUCACCAACAAAUUCCUCUUUUUUCCAUUGUGUUUCUAUUAGUGGCAAUAGCUUGUCUGUCAUCAUUUGAUUUUACUACUAAAUGUCUAACUUCCUGUUUCACCACAUAUCACACAAGUUUUCCCAAAUUGGCAACUUUUCGAUUUGUGGUGGCUGUUUGUAACUGAAUAACUCAACUUUACUAUUCUGAAGGCACUGAUACUGUCUUGCAUUGCCAAAUAAAACGUUUAACCUAAAAAGCCUUCCUGUCAUUUAGACAAUUAUUCAACAAAUCCUUCGACAUAAAAAGGAAUAAAAGUUU